AUGUUGCCCCCCACUCUACCAAAAGCGCUGACCCCACCGCCCUCCCCUCUUCCCCGCCGAUGCAGCGGCGACGUCGCGGGCGUCAAGACCAUCAUCCUCGGCGGCGAUCGCGGCACCGCGCUCGCCGCCGAGAUCAAGUCUUCCGGCGACCCCGCGCUCGCCUCGCUGGUCAAACCCGGCGACCGAUGCGACCCGUGCCUCCUCCCCGUCGACGGCGUGCCCGCCAUCGAGUACUGGCUCGGGUGCGUGGACGGCGUCGCCAAGUGCGGCAAAGGACCCGCGUCCGUCUUCGUCACGCACGCCGCCGACGCCAAGGCCGACUUCGAGCGCUUACCCGACCUCGCCCCGUCCGGGGGAAGGUGCACCGCCGUGUCCAACGGCGCGGACUUCGCCAUGCCAACCCCAGGGCCCGCGGGUGACCUCUUAUGUGCCCUGGAAGACGCCGUAGGUUACGACUCGCACGUCCUUCUCAUCGACGCAUCGUUCCUGUCCACUCCCGACUACGACCUGAACGGCUUCGUGCAACACGCGAUGGGACGCGGCAAGGACUGCGUGGCGUACCUCGACGUCGACCAAUCAGAAGCCGGCGUGAGGGCACAGCUGGCGCUGGAGAGAAAUCCCGCGGGUCGAGUGGUGGCCAACCCCGAAGUCGUCUCCGUCGUCCCUUACCCGGACGGUUUAAAGGGCGAAGGGGGAUCAAAGCCCUCGGGAACACGAACCGUCGCGGUGUGUGGCCCGGUGUGGUUCCUCCGCGCGUCCACCCUUCCCCUCGUCGCGGAGUUUUUCGCGGACGAGGGCUUGCGUUGGUCCCAAUCGGGCGUGGCGCCGGAUGAGAUGCUCGGCCGAAUGCUCGCGUUUCUGCAAGCUCGCGAAACCUUUUACGCGCUCGAGAUGAAACACUGCUUUCCGAUCGCCGCCGGCGUCGGUGCGUACCGCUACGUCGACUCGUUGUUCGGGUUCCUCGCCGGCGAGAGGCGAAGGGCGACGGGACGGUACAAGAGCGGGUGGGCGAGCGGCGGCGGCGGCGACGCGAGCGAACGAAAGAAGAUUUUGCUCGAGCGAUUUGCCAUCCAGGACAGGCGCGCGGGGGACGCGCGGGAACGCGCGGUGAGCGCCGAGACGGACGCGGACGUCCUGGUGCCGAGGUUCAACGCCGCCUACGGCCGCCCGGUGCUCCCUGAAGACCCUUACGCGCAGCGCGGCGACGAGUUACCGGCGCGGUUCAAAGACGCGGGGGCGUGGAGUAAAUCCACCCCGUCGCAGCACCCAGUGUACGUGACGUCGAACAACCAGUACGGGAUCAAGACGGUGGGUCCGGGUAACCUGCCGAUUCGGUGGCACGGCGUUAAGGGCGAGUUCACCGACGGGUUCGGCGGGGCGAUGUACAGGGAUAACGGCCUGGACGUGCGCGUCCAGCGGUCGAAGCUCCGUGGGCGUAGACCUAGACGCGCGCGGAUGCCGCCGAAGCGCGGAGGACGCGGUAGGGGCGGUCGGGGCGGUAGGGUCGGGGGCCGCGGCGCCGCUAAUCGCGGGGGCGUCGCGGGCCCGUCGCCCUGCGUCGGCCCCGAGGCGUGCCCGCUUCCCGCGUCCGAGGGAAAACCUCACAGGUGGCUCGGGCGUAGGUUGCGCAUCUGCAAGCUGACGGAAGGGGGCGCGCGGCGGUACGUCAACGCGUGCGUCGUGUACCACGAUCCGAGCGAAUCGCACCCGUUUCACGUCAUGCACGACGACGGCACGCACGCGUGGAUCGCCAUCGUCGAGCGCUCGCGGGUCGUGCACGUCAACGACCCGAGCAAUCGCGGGAGGCGAGUCACCCGCGACUUCACCUGGCUCACCCCCGAGCGAGGCGCGAGGGAGGCGGCGGCGGCGGCGGCGGCGGCGGCGGCGAUGGAACCCGUGGGCGGCGCGUACGCGCACGCGCUGGAUCCCACACCGCAGAUCCCGCCCGGGAUGAUGCUGGGGCAGUGGAACCUCGGGUACGCGGCGGGAGGAUCUUCGCCGUGGGGAUCUUCACCCAACCCCUUGUCGGGGGGGGGCGGCGCGGCGCCGCCGCUCGACCCGAUCCCGACCCCCGCGAUCCCGCCGCACGCCGCUCACCACCAUCGCAGGUCCAGGCUCGGGCUCACGCACGCUGUUGGGGUCGGUGGCACAGCCGGCGGGGUCGGCGGCGCGCCGGUCGAUUGGGAGCGCCGCGUGCUGCGCGAGUUUGCGACGGACCUGAGCGUUCGGCCCCCCGAGUCGAUCCAGCCGCCGCCUGCCAGUACGACGGCGCACCAGAGCCUGGCGCAGGCCGGGUUUCUCGCGCCGAGACGCGAGACGUCGAUUGCGGAGGUGGACCGGGAGAUGCGACCGGCGACGGGGAAGAGGCGGAGGGACGCGAGCGGCGGCGACGACGACGGGGCGAUCGAGCCGGGAGUCGCGGACGGGGGGCGCGGGGACGUGCACGGGGACGGGGACGAAAAGUCGGCACCAGGGGAUUGGGACGAGGACGGGGACGGGGAUGGCGGGGACAUCGAUCUGCUGGCGGCGGCGAGGGCCGUGGGAGCACAGCUGGCGGCGGCUGGGGCGACUUCGGCGCGCCGGCUCGGGGACGCGACCGAGGAGGACGAGGAGGACGAGGAGGACACCGUCGAGGACUCGGAGCGCGGCGGCGACGGGGAGGAGGCCGGUGACGAGGACGAUGAGGCCGGUGACGAGGACGAUGAGGCCGGUGAGGAGGACGGGGAGCGGGCCGCCGGGGAGGAUGGGGAGGAACGGGAGGAGGACGGAGACGCGGUUGGCGAUGAAACGCAGGCCGCGAGUUGA